GCAUGUUCAACAUAAGUGGAAACAGUGUUGUCGCAUUCUCUGCGUGCUCAGAUGUGUCUGCGAACCAUUUCUAAAUAUACAAGAUUAAGAAGUAUUUUAUAAUUAGGCAUCGCAGCCUAAACUGUUAGCCUCACUUAUCAGUACGGCAUGUCAACGAUGAUGUCAUCAACAUAACUAUGCAAGACUCUCGACCACACUGGACGCUCGCCGUAAUAUAACAUAAUUCAUUAUAUAAUUAGGCGAAUUCAAUGUGAAUGUAAAGACCAAAACAAAUAGCAAGCAAACAAGAAGUGUGUGCAACUAAAUAAACAAUGGUAACAAGGUAGCAUAUGCGCACACGACGCAUGCAACACGAACGGCAACAACUGCAGCAAAAUGAAAGUCGAUGUCAUUCUAAAUACGGACGAGAGCAUAACCACAACGGCGCAGCCGGUAACAGCGGCGACAGCAACAGCCGCAGCUGCAACAACAACAGCAGCAACAACAACAGUAACAGCGGCAACAACAACAUUUGUUAGGUCCAGCCAUGCGAACAUCUUUCUGGAUCGCUUCUUUGGCGCUUUCCAGUGGGAGGAGUUUGCGUGCGGUUGUGGCUCGGCUUUUGUCAACAUCUGCGUCACAUAUCCCAUAUACAAAAUUAUCUUUCGACAAAUGCUGCACGGUGUGCCAAUUGACUCCGCCCUGUUGCAGCUACGCCAUGAGGGUCUUGGAUUUUUAUAUCGCGGCAUGUUGCCGCCAUUGGCACAAAAAACGAUCUCCCUGUCCAUAAUGUUCGGUGUGUUUGAUGGCACCCGCCGAUAUCUGGUCGAAGAUUAUCGCCUUAAUGAUUAUGGCGCCAAGGUGAUUGCCGGCGUUGUGGCUGGCAGUGUGGAGUCCAUCUUACUGCCCUUCGAACGUGUCCAGACGCUGUUGGCCGACUCGAAGUUCCAUCAAUAUUUCUCCAAUACGCAGAAUGCGUUUAGAUAUGUAGUCACCAACUAUGGUUUUCGGGAGCUAUACAGGGGCAUUGAACCAGUAUUUUGGCGCAACGGUCUGUCGAAUGCAUUGUUUUUCAUGCUGCGCGAAGAGGCCAGUGUUCGUUUACCAAAGAGGAAAUCGGUAUCGACCAGAACUGCACAAGAAUUUAUUGCCGGUGCGGUAAUUGGAGCCAGCAUCAGCACAUUGUUUUAUCCGCUAAAUGUGAUUAAGGUGUCGCUACAGAGCGACAUGGGUCAGGUAACGGAGGGAAGCUGGCACGCCUGCAAGAGAAUCUACCGCGAACGGGACAGUCGUAUAGGGAAUUUCUAUCGCGGCUGUGCAUUCAAUACGGGUCGCUCCUUUAUCAGCUGGGGCAUUAUGAAUACGGCAUACGAGAACCUCAAGAAGCUGAUACGGCAGCAGGAGCUGGCGCCGCAGGUGCAGACGUUGCCAAUGUCGAAAGGCAAGUAGAACAGAACGUAGCGACGUGACGGAGUCUUACGUUAACCAUGUGCUAUGUAUUACGUAUUACGUAAACUCAACUAAACUAAAACUAAAAAACUUAUAACUGAAUAAGCUUAAUGUAUACACAAAUAGCAAAUUUUACGUUUUUAAGUCAUAUUCUAGUGGUUUUUCGUUGUGAGUGCCACGUUUUUUGGGCGCUCAUUGCAUGUUCCCAUACGAAGCGAAAACAAAAAAAAAAAAAAUAGAAGAAAACAAAAACACGAUUAGAUGUUGUAUAUCAUACCCAUACAUAAAUGUAUUUCUUUUGGUAAGUGCAUAUAGACUGUAAAAGCUGAACUUUUCUUAAUUCGUUUAAGAACCAAUAAAAGUCGGUUUUGAAAACCAACGAAAUCGCAAUGCAAAUGCCAAUUAUGUCUGGCUUGGCGUGAGUACAAUAAAACUGAGCAUUUAAAGAACCUAAAACACAACAAAAAAAAAACAAACACAAUUAUUGUUAAACAAUCUGUAUAUAUAAUACAAUACAUAUUACGUGUACGAUUGAAUUAAUUAUGUUGUUAAUGUAUACUAUAACUACUUGCGUGAUGUUUACGAAAUUAAUAAAUUUAUUCAAUGUA